AUGGGUUCGCGAAAAAGGCGAUCAUCAACUUUGAGGCCUUCGGGUUCAAGAAAAGGAAUAUUUAGAAGAAGAAGGAUUUCUGAAAGCAGAGACAGAAGAUAUGUCCUGGACAGAGAUAAUGGAGUCGUUCGAUAUGCUUCCGAUAGCUCCAGAAGAUCAGUUUCGAAUGUGCCAAGCCGUACACGGAUGGCUGAUUAUGUAAUGGCACAGCCAUCGUUUGCCAAUAUGAUGGCUAACCAGGACAUGUCCAGGAACAGAGUUCUUUACAAUCAGACUUUUGACCAUUUAAUGCAAGAGCACAUUGAAAAGUUGGAAAGCCUUAUAAAAAAAUACAGAGAGAAGGGGCUUAGGGCACCAUCAUUCUGUUUGUGUGGAAACAAAAGAGGUAAAAUAGGUAAAAUAGUAAAAAGAUCUUGUAGUUUGAUACCACUUAAAGGUUCUUCAAGCUCUUUUUUUGUGCGAAGACCUCAUCACAGAUUUACAAAAAGUUUUCGCCAAUGUCACGUAAAUCACAAUCACAAACACAAUACCAAAGCGAUGGACGACCUAUCUUCAGAUUUUUCAGAUAACGAUGAUUGCAAUGCACUUGCACCUUACCAACGCCGAAACAAAAGAAGUCACAAAAAACUGGCGCCCAAAAAAAGCGUCCAAUCGACCGACAACUCUACCCAAGUCACCCCUAAGAAAUCUGUCGCCGUAGUCGCCAAAGUGACGACUCGACAGAAGGGCGCGAAUCGAAAGAAAACUGCCAAGAAAAAUAAUAAGAAGGGCAAGAAGGGCCGAGAAGAUGACGAUGACGAAGAUUUUUCCUAUUCGAGCAGCGACGAGGAAAAUCGGAGUGGUGAUAGGUAUGAUGAGGAUGAAUCGAGUGAUGAUGAGGAUUAUAGAAGGAAAAAUAAGAAAAAGAAGACUGGUGAUAGGAAGAGAAAACGCGACGAAGAUGGUGAUUCGAGUUCAUCGGAUGAUGAUUCGGAUCGAUCUAGAGAUCGAAAACGCAAAAGAGCCCGAUCCUCCGCAACAGAUUCCAAUGAAGAUUCCCAAUCAUAUGUCUCAUCUUCGGAAGAUGAUGAUAGAAAACCUCAGCCAAAGAAAACUACUAAGAAAGGCAAAAAGAAGAACACCAAGGGUGCUGGUAAAUCUGUGAAGACGAAGAAACCAGUUGGUGUCAAAAGAAGAAAGCCGACCAGGACUAUGAGAAAAAGGAUACCUGCCAAGAGGAGAAGAGUGGAUACAAUAUUAUUUGGAGACGGAGAACUGAUGGAUCAAGAUGAUGCGGUUAGUAACGGAUCAAUGCCGGGCCAAAGGGGCAGCCGAGAGAUCGAAGUUUUGUUCAGAUCGAGUGAUUUUGGAAUGUGCGAAUGCAAGAACAAUUGGUAUGACAGGUGCGUCUGCGGACGAAAAUCGAGUGGCGGUCUGAUGCAGGAUGCUGACAAGGAUAAAGAUCUAGAAGAUUUGAGGAGACGAUUCCAUAAAGAAUAAAUCAAAACGAUUAUACCAUCGCGGGAAGAGAAACGCUCGCCGGGAACGAAAAAAAAACAGAGCGAGCGAUUUCAAAAUUUAAAAAAAAUAUUGUAAAUUUUAUUCGAGACUAUUAUGAUGACAAUGGAGAAGGAGCAGAUGGGGCCAGAAGACCCUUCCAGUCACCA